AUGACGGUAUCGAAAUCGACAGCGGUAUCCAGUGCUUCACCGCAUUUGUCGAUCUUGGGUACUCAUCCGCAUCCGCAGUUGCAUUCACAUCAUUUAAAGAGUGGAGCUCUGGCGAGUGUUACAAAGGCAACUGUUGACACAACGACUACGAUGGGUUCCGGAGUGGAAAGUGAAAAGGGUCCGGUUUUGGUUGAUGGUAAAAUCUCAAAGAAUCCUUCUUCAUGGGACCCGCAGGAUGAUAUCUUGCUGCGUCAUUUGAAGGAGGUCAAGAAGUUAGGUUGGAAGGAUAUCUCGCAGUAUUUCACCAAUAGAACUCCGAAUGCAUGUCAGUUUAGAUGGAGAAGGUUGAAGUCCGGAAAUCUUAAAUCUAAUAGAACUGCUAAUGUCGAUGUGUCCGACUACCCUGGGAAAACUAAUGCGAGUGUGCAAGAGCCUGUGGGUCCACCAGCUGUGGCAUCGGGUCCGGUUCCAGUGCCAGUCAAUAGCAGUUUUACAUCAGCGAUCGCUAUUCCAGCUUCGUCAUCUAUGAAGGACCAUGCAGCUUUGAUUUCGGCACCCAACUCAGCUUCUGCUACACCCUCUUUGACCUAUUCAAGAUCUCCGUUCUCGUUGGCUCCUCCCACCGGUACGAACAACAACUAUUCCUUGGGCAGUAACAAUGGAGCAGGCUCCAAGUACUUAAAGGCAAGAUCUAACUCACAUUCCUUUACACUCAACAGUUUCAACAACCCAGCGAGUAGCAAUAACGGUGUGAAACCCUCAACUGAGGGAGAGAAUAUUGGGUUCAUACCAAAGAUUAUAGUGAGAUCUAGGAGAAGUUCGUUUGCACAACCAAUGGCUACUCCAUCGGCUACCACUUCACAUUUAACUUCUGCUUUGAAUACCACUUUGAAUACUACAAAAACUAGAAAAAGCUCUUUUGUGGGUCGUUCAAGAAGGUCAUCCUUCAAUUUAUCAGGUACCCCUUCCAGGAGAUCCUCCAUCAUUAUUGCUCCAACUUCAAUGAAUGGCUCUUUCAGUUUAGCCACAGGCUCUUCCACACCAAAGGGCUCUAGGAGAGAUUCUACCGUGAGGACUCACAGGUCCGCUUCUUCUUCUACGUCUUCAUCGUCUGCUAGUUUUAUGGAUUUUCCUCCAGCUGCCAUACAGCAUCUACCAAGAGGUCCGGCUAGAGUUCAUGUGAAGUUGCAACAAAAGGCGCAACAACAUCUACAGCAGCAAUUGCCAUCUGCAGCUAGUUGGUCAACUGAAGAAGAUCAACUGCUUAGCGAGAGUGGCUCAAGAAAUCUAUCCGUCAUGGAAUUAUCCAUCCUAUUACCAAAUAGGUCUGAAAGAGAGAUUCAAUGGCGAUUGGAUACAUUGUCCAAUUCUAACUCGCCUACAGGCUCUAAUGAGGCUGCUGAAUCUCCUCUGCACUCGCCAAGAAAAUCUGUCACUGCUGAAGAUACUGCAAUAGACGAAGAUACUUGCGAUGAAGCAGAACAAGGUAAUGAUGACGAUUAUGAAGAGAGCGUUGAUCCACUUCACCAUUCGCUCUCCCCUCCAUUGAUUUCAAAAGAGAAUACCCCAGCUUCGAUAAUAUCCUCAACAACUACUAAUGAUGAUGUUUCAUCGAUGUCUACCGAUCAUCACUUGCACAGGGAGCACAGUAAUGACGAUAAUAAAACGAUAAGGAAUUUUUCCGCUCAAAAAACACCACACAUUUCUCACCAUCUCCUGCUACUACUACCUCACUGCCAAGCAUAA